AUGAAGGGAAUAUGGAAUGUAGUGCAUGGGUUGAAACCAAUCAUGCUAAUGGUGUUGGUGCAGAUUGCAUAUACUGCGGUCAAUGUUCUCUACAAGCUCGCCAUUAACGAUGGAAUGAGUGUGAAGGUUGCCACUGCAUACCGCCUCGCUUUCGGUUCUGCUUUCACUGUUCCUCUUGCUCUUAUUACUGAAAGGAAGAAGAGACCCAAGCUGACUUGGAGAGUGCUUUUCAUGGCAUUCUUUUGUGGCUUGUUCGGGGGAAGUUUAUUUCAAAACCUUUUCUAUGAGGCCCUGGCUUUAACAUCUGCAACGUUUGUGUCGGCUAUCUACAACCUCGUUCCAGCCAUCACCUUUAUCUUAGCCAUCUCGUGCGGUUUCGAAAGAUUAAAUUUGAGGGCAGCGGCAGGAAAGGCUAAGGUGUUGGGAACUCUAAUUGGAAUUGGUGGGGCGAUGCUUUUGACCUUUUUCAAAGGAGUAGAAAUUAAUAUCUGGCCCUUCCACAUAAACGUUAUGCAUCCACAUCAGCACCAAAAUGGCCACGUGGCUGACUCUGGUAGUAAUUUGUUGGGUGUUCUCUGUGCCAUAGCAAGCUGCUUCUCUUUUGCUCUGUGGCUCACCAUUCAGGCUAAGAUGAGCAAAGAAUACCCAAGCCAUUACUCAAGCACAGCUUUGAUGUCUACAAUGGGAGCAAUACAAGCCACUGGUUUUGGUCUUUGUAUUGAGAGAGAUUGGAGCCAAUGGAAGCUAGGUUGGAAUAUCAGGCUACUUGCUGUUGCUUAUUCGGGAAUUGUGGCCUCUGGAUUAGUGGUUAUUGUCAUUGCAUGGUGCAUACAGAUGAGAGGGCCUCUAUUUGCGUCUGUUUUCAACCCUCUAAUGCUCGUGCUUGUGGCAGUUGCCGCUUCUUUAAUGUUGGAUGAGAACUUAUAUUUAGGAAGUGUGCUUGGAGCAGUGCUGAUUGUGUGUGGCCUAUACAUGGUUCUAUGGGGUAAGAGUAAAGAAAUGAAAAAGAUUACUCAGUUAGUGCCAUCAGAAAUCAUCGGAGAAGCCGAAGCUAUAGAAGUUGUUGUUGCUAUGUCCACUUCCAUACCAGUAGAUCAUGAUAAAUGUCACCACCACAAUAACCAAAGCAAAACCAAUAAUAAUACCGGGAACGUUGACAAAGAUCAUGACGAUUUGUCAAAAAUUGGAGAAGAAGAUGAUAUUAACAAUAGAUAG